AUGACUUCGCGUCCAGGCCUUAGAUGGGAAGAGUCUCUAUUUGGAGUUGAGCCUCGCUGGACUUGUGAGCUUGAUAUCAAAGUGGUUGAACGCAUAGCCAGCGAGGCACUCGCGCUGCCCUGUAACGCUACCUUCUUUGGCCAGGGAGCCUUUAACAGGCUAUACCAUGUUGUGCAAUACGGAAAUGAUGCAGCCUCAGGCGGUUAUCUAAUGCGAGUCACUCUACCAGUAGACCCUCAGUUCAAGACCCUGAGCGAGGUUGCUACUCUGGCCUGGGUCAGAGAGAACACAUCGCUCCCGGUUCCCAGGGUGGUAGCAUACGACUCCUCUCAUGCAAAUGAGCUUAGGUUCGAAUGGAUCUUGAUGGAAAAGAUGGCCGGUCGACCGCUCGCGGAUGUCUGGGGUUCCAUGACCUGGGCCCGCAAGGAAGAACUAGCGGCAGAUAUAGCCCGUCACUCUGCUAAACUGUUUUCCAGGAGGCUAUCUGGGAUUGGAAACCUCUAUUUUGCUACGGGACUAGACAAUUUUACCGACAGGACAGAGUCGUCAAAUUCGCAAAAGUGUGAGGCUGCAAGAUUUGUGCUGGGUAGGAUCGUUUCGAUGUCGUUCUUUUGGGGCAAUCAUUUUACCUACGAUAUUCCCAGGGGCCCGUUUGACCUUGGCUCCGAGUGGCUUUCAGCAAGAUUACAAUUCAUCCGGCUCGAUUGCGAGAUGACAAUAAGGGAGUCUGAGGACAAGGAUGAUAUUGAGGAAGCGCAGAAGACACUGCCUGUCGUUAAGCGCCUGACAAAGGCUAUUAGAUUGAUAUUUGGGGAAGAAAAGUCUACUAUAUCAACAGUAUUACUACACGACGAUCUCUCUAUGCAUAAUAUCCUAGUGGACGAGGACGGGAAACUACAAGGCAUCGCCGACUGGGAAUGCACAUCAACAGUGCCGCUGUGGAAGGCAGCUCGUUUUCCACGGUUUCUGCAGGGAUCACAUCGUGCGGAGAAGCCAGGUAGGGAUGGCUAUACGACAGAUGAGGGCGGGGAAAACCUAUUUCGGAUACAUUUGCUCGAAUACGAGCAGACGCAACUUAGAAUGGUGUUCUUAGCGGAGAUGGAGCGAGAAAGCCCGGACUGGGUGCGCGUGUUUCAAAGCAGUAGAAACGAAGCAGACCUCGACGCUGCUAUUGAGAACUGCGAUCUCCAUAAUCUUGCUCGGAAAAUGAUCUGCGAAUGGUUAGAUGAGCUGGAAAGUGGCAAACAGCCGGAAAGUCUGAUCAAGCGCUUUCUCCAGUGA